ACUUUUUGCAGCUUCCGGCCAGAUCCCAGGACAGUUCAGUUUGAUGGUCAACGUGGCCAAGUAUUUCCCUCACCUGUUGCCCGGGCCGUGAUAGAUCCAGAAAGCCCGAAGAAAGCAUAGGGUCCGGAGUUGAAGGGAUCUCCGUUUUACAUAGAUACAAUGGCCAGCCUUUACCCCCCUGUACCAUCCUCCUGCGACUGCUUUGUCUCACUUCCCCCAUCCUCUUUUGCCAAAGAGAUCAUUUUUGGCAAGAAUUCAGAUCGGCCAAAAGAUGAAGUUCAGGAGGUUGUCUAUUUUCCAGCUGGAUGUCAUGUCAAAGGGACAAAGGUUCAGUGUACAUAUAUUGAAGUGGAUCAGGUAGAAAAGACACAUGCAGUGAUCCUGAGUCGCCCUGCCUGGCUGUGGGGAGCUGAAAUGGGUGCCAAUGAACAUGGUGUCUGCAUUGGCAAUGAAGGUGUGUGGAGUCGAGAGCCAGUUGGGGAGGAGGAAGCCUUGCUGGGCAUGGAUCUUGUCAGACUGGGUCUGGAGAGGGGCAGUAGUGCCGCUGAAGCAGUCCAAGUCAUAACAGCCCUUUUGGAAAGCUAUGGCCAAGGGGGCAGCUGCAAGGAGGCACCAACUCCUUUUGUCUAUCAUAAUACCUUCCUCCUGGCGGACCGUACUGAAGCCUGGGUGUUGGAAACAGCGGGACGGUUUUGGGUGGCUCAGAGGAUCCAAGAAGGGGCCAGAAACAUUUCCAACCAGUUAACUAUUGGUACCGACAUUACCAGUGAACAUAUGAGUCUAAGACAACAUGCUCAAGAGCAAGGAUGGUGGAAUGGUCAAGGAGAGUUCAAUUUCACAGAAGUAUUUUCACUGAUCCAUCAGCCUGUCCGCAUGGAGGCAGCCAAAGCUCGGUAUUGUGUUGGCCAGAAGCUGCUGCAUCAAUACUCAGGACAGAUUACUGCUGAAACAAUUAUGUCCAUUUUAAGUGACAAAGCCAGUGGGAUCUGUGUUGAUUCUGAAGGUUUCUGUACCACAGGAAGUAUGGUAUCCGUUCUCCCUCAAGAUCCUCUUCUACCUUGUGUCCAUUUUUUUACUGCCACUCCAGAUCCUUCUAGGUCUAUCUUCAAACCAUUUGUCUUUGUUCCCAAUGUUACUUCCUUCCCUCAGGUGAAAUCACCAAGUUUUGGUGAAAAAGACCCCAUUAAGGAGACUCCAAGAUUUCAGAGUCGAGUGGACCGUCGACACGAUCUCUACAAGCAACAUCAAUUAGCCCUGGAAGUCAUGGAUUCUAAUCAGUUUGAGCAUCAGAAACUACAGGAGGCUAUGAAAACAUUUCAGCAGCAAGUUCUGGAAAGUGUGAAAAAUGUGUCAACAGGCUCUGUCACUGUGAAACCCCAAGAGUUGGCUGGCCUCUUUUGCAAUUCUGUGGAUGCAGAACUCCAACUGUAUAGGUGAUAUAGACUUAAUGGCCAGGUGGGUUGAGUUUUAAUCCUUGUGCUUUUGACAGAUUGUCUAAAAAAUUUUUUCUUCUUUUAGGGUAUGCCUAUAAAGGGUUCUGAGCUAAUCUAAAAGCAGAUCAUGAUCUCUGGGUGACAUGUCAGUAGGAGUAAAAAGCUGAAUUUAUUUCUUCUCUUAGUUGUAUAGAUGAAACUGGAACAAAGCUAGGGUUUCUUUUUUAUAUAAAACAAGUUUUAUUAAAUUUUUCAGUUUUUACAACAAAGUGCUUAGGAAGCAACGUGGUGAUUGGGUAAUCAAUUAUCCAAAAAACCAAAACAUUUAUAUAUAACUCAAGUUAACUCAUUAAAGAAUCCCCCUCUAAUUCCUACAAAUCAAAAACCAUAUUCAGAUUACUACAUUUCUAAUAAAGUUCAAUCAAUCAAUAAAAUUAUCGAUAACUAUUUAACUAUAUAAAUCCCAGUCCUGUAUUUAAACUUUACAAAAUUCUAGAUACCAUAUUUCAAUUUAACCAUACAUAGGCCUAAUAUUUAUGCUUCGGGUAUCCCCAAUUUCCCUCAUUUCAUAGCAUGAUAUUACAGAAUAAUUAUCAUACAUAGAAUAAACAUAUUAAUUCAAAAAAUAUAAUCUUACUCUAUUUCACAUAUUUAUUCUACUAAACAAAAGUUUUCCUUCUCAGUUAUAGGUCUAAGUCUUAAACUUAGAUCAGUCCGUGUCUAAACAGCCUUUUUAAUCCAUUACAAACAGUUUUAAAAGUCAUUUUUAAGUCUUAUUCUGGCUUUUUUUUGUGCCAAGCAGGUUUCCAUAACAGAGUUUCUAUGUCUAGAAAUAAGUCUCUCUUUAUUCCUCGUGGUAUCAUUUGGAUAAAAAAAAAAAAAACAUCCCAUUUUCUGUUUAGAGAAGCUGACUCCUUUGUAAUUAAUUACAAAGCUAGGGUUUCUUUAUUUUAUUAAUUUUUGUUUCCUUACUGAAAGGAAUAUUUGUUUUCAGAUGAUUCUCAACUCUUGAGCUUUAGGGCAAAGUGACUUCUGUUCCUGUUCUCAACUCUGCAAUGAACCUGAAUGAAGCCAUUUUGGCUCAUUUUCGGUUGCCACCAGACUGGGAGGAGAGUGGUGGCAUUUUUGAGCUAGUCUAAACAAUUCUCUGUCCUAUGGGAACCAAGGUCAUUUUCUGUUCAUUAGCUUGGGGGCUGAGCCUAAUGGUAAAAAAGAAAGCCAAAUUAUUCUAUUGGGAAACGUAAUUGAUUGCAUAGUACUGGGGUGGAAAACUUAACUUUGUAAUACUGUAACUUUAGUUUUGAUUUCACUUUUGACUAUGCUGAUACUUGUAGCCAAUAAACAUGCUCUUAAAGGAAAACUUAAGCCUUCUAGUUCUAUUGGAACUAUGACAUUAAAUCAAGACUAAAGUUCUAUUAUUCCAUUGCCACAAUCAGUGUCACAAGUUGCAACUAAGGGCCAGAUGCUCACACAGUCUACCGAGCCAGAUAACUCUUUGACAAACAGAACUUAGGGAAGAGCUAAAAACUGAUGCUUGGUUCCAGGUGAAUAAGACCCUACUGACCUAAUGGGAUGGUUUAGCCUAAAUUGUACCUGCCCAAUAUACUCAGAGUCCAGGCGCUUCAACGCAGUCACAACGCUAAGCAAGCCAACUGUUUUGGGUUUCUAAAGACAUUGCAUUUGGUCUGGAGGUAAUUUUGGUGGCUAGGGAUAAAAAAGGAUAUUGAAAGCUACGUAAAAACUGUGCUACUUGUGCUGCCAUGAAAAAGCGACCGGAAUUGGUGCAGCAAGUAGCAGACCCCUCUCAGCUCUGGGAGGAGAUAGCUAUGGAAUUUAUUAUUGAGUUACUGGAAAGUUGGGGAAAUACAGUAAUAUGGACUGCCAUUGAUCUCUUUUCAAAGCAGGCUCACUUUAUAGCCUGCUCAGGGUUCCCCUCUGCAAAGAGGUUAACCAAGAUGUUUCUGAAACAUAUAUACCUCCUCCAUGGUGCUCCAAAGAUGAUUAUAUCAGACAGGAGAGUUCAAUUUACUGUGAGGUUUUGGAGAGACUUUCUCAAGCUAACUGAGUCCACUCAAGGACUUUUGAUGGCUUUUCAUCUGAACACAAAUGGAUCAGCUGAACAAGUUAACACAAUGGUGGAACAAUAUAUCAGAUGCUAGGUUGACUAUCAACAGACUGACUGGGCUAACCUCCUGCCUUUUGCUGAAGUGGCUUACAAUAAUACCGUGCACAGUUGUACUGGACAUACUCCAUUUAAAAUAGCCACCGGCAGAGAGUUCGUUCCUAUGCCUGAAUACCCCCAAGAUCCAUCUGCCUCACAAACUUUAGAUCAGUGAGUGACAUCAUGGCAGACUGUUUGGACUAAUGUUAAAAAGCUUCUAACACAAGUUUGCAAAAAUAUACAAGGAACAGGCCAAUAAGAAGUGGUCCUCUCAGGGUAGGGGAGAAAGUCUAUCUUUCAAUUAAAUAUUUAAGACUUAAAUUACCUAGCAAGAAAUUGGAAUUGAAAUUUCUUUGUUCUUUUCCUAUAGUUAGGAUUAUAAAUCCUGUGACAGUGGAGUUAAAACUUCCUCGCUUGUUGGGGAAAUUUUAUCCUGUUUUUCAUUGAAAUUGCUAAAACCUUUCAGAGAGUCAUCAUUAAGACCAAUUCCUAAGAAAGCACCUAGUCCUCUUUUGGUUGAGUGGGAAACUCAUUAGGAAAUUAAACAAAUCCUUGACUCUAGGUUAUAGAAGAGAAAAUUAGUACUUAGUACAGUGGAAGGGAUAUCCAUUGUCAGAGGCAAUCUGGGUGAAAAGUACAGAUGUCAAGGCAGAUCAGUUGAUAAAAAUGCUUUACGAUAAGCAUCCUCAAAAAACUCUACAACAAACCUGAAUGAAGCCAUUUUAACUUGUUUUUGAUUGCCACCAGACUGGGAGGAGGGUGUGGCAUUUUUGUGCUAACUUAAACAAUUCUCUGUCCUGUGGGAACCAAGGCCAUUUCUGUUCGUUAGAUUGGGCGCUGAGCCUAAUGUUAAAAAGCCCGCCAAAUUAUUCUAUUGGGGAACGUAGUACUGGGGUUGGAAGUUUAACUUUGUAAUACUGUAACUGUUUGGAGGGAACUUUAUUAUUGGUUUCACUUUUGAUCGUGCUGAUACUUUGCAGCCAAUAAACAUGUUCUUAAAGGAAAA